CGAGUUGUUCAGUUUAACGAAUAUCAAUGUCGCUGAAUAAAAGUCCUCGCGCUGGAAGUUAGCAGGCGUUGAGCUCUAACAAUACACUCGGUUUACCUCCUAUAGACAUACGCGCUCUAGUUACUUUUCUCAAUGCCGUUCACUUGGUGUUUACAGUCUCUAAUUAUCCCCCCUGAGACUCCAACCCAGCUAGCAACUAAGGUGUAUAAAGUGCUAGAUUAGCGGCAGACCUCAAAUAGCAGCGAUUUAACGCCUCAUAUCUGUGUAUGAACGCAGGGGAGAGAGAGCUGAACUAAACACCGUGUCAAAACACUGCGACUCUCACACUGACCCAUUGUACACAGGCAUUUAAUUACUCUUUAAGUUUCAAACCUAAACAAAAGUCAUAGCAAACGUCUUCAUUAUUCACUGACUAGUUUUCCUGCUUGGUAACCCACAUUACUCAAGUCACUGGAACAAAUUCUUUGAUUUGCUUAGUGACUUAUCUGAUAGAUGGUGUGUGACUAAUCCCUGCGAUAUUGCUCUCUCAUCAAACCAUGUUCUUUACUGGAGGUCACACUCUUUAAAGGAACACUCCAGCCUGAACUGUUAAAGAUCUUGAAAUGUAUAUUGAAUUCGCUGUGAUGUGCUUCGUGAUUUCUGGUGCUGAUUUGUCGGUUAUUUCAGGGAGAGAGAAGCAUGUCUAGAGAUUGUGUGACGUCACAGCGGGAAAACAAUGUCAACAAUUCCAGAUAACAGUCUAAUUUCGCUACUUUCUGCAAGAGCUUCUUAACUCUCUCACCAUUUCCAGCAACCUUCAAUGUCCCGUUGAUAAGAAAUCCAGUUCAGAAGUAGCAGAGACAGCAAACGUUGGACUCGGAAGGAUAUAUAAAGCGAUUGCGCCGAGUUAUGGGGGGGGUACUCGACACAGCUAAUUAGCGAUGGUAAUCAGUGGCACGGCUAAAAGCAGAAUGUUGACGCUUCGGAUCCUUAUCAGUUUCAGCAGAGUGUACAGGUGAGGAGGUGAGCGAGCUGGACAAGAUCGAGGACUAAAGUGCUGCUGCAUCUGUCUCCUUAGGUGGAGAUGAUGCACAGGCUAAUUCCCACUGGCACUGUGGGUAAUUUAGGAAACACUGAAUCGAAAUGGAAACGGACAAACUGUGUAGAUGAAAGACGUUUAACCAAAAAAAAAAAAGUCAACAUACAAUUUCUUUACAAAAUAAAUCCUAGGACGAACCUGAAGAUCACGUCACCUAUAAAGAUGAAUAUAUUUGUCCUCCAAGGUGGAUAUUUUUGUUUAAUGCCUCCAGUUUUUUUUGUUGGUUCAUUAUAAAGCCGUUCAACAAUGGAAUUAGCCUCAAUAGAGCAAAUAAAACGUAUCACUUUCCCACCAAAUUUAACAUCUUCAAAUUAAACUGAAUCAACAAUGGCUUCUUAUUCACACUUUGCUCACUACAUAGGGCGUAAAGAUACUAGAACAUAUGUAGUACCCUUGGUGAAUGCCAAAACACCAUAUGAGAUUCAGCCAUAGGAAAUGUGUAACUGCUUGUAUUCAUGUUUUUUCAUGUUGCAUGAAAAUUCACAUUGUUCUACUAUACUAAUUGUGCCCAUUACAAGUCAAUCAUCCCCCAACCUCCAGAGAAUAUUUCCUACUUUUGCUUUUGUUUGACGGUGCAGUGGACACGGGUGCUCAACCAGGGUAGGUGAUGCCCGAGGAGAAGCGCAGCUGCUCCAUAGCCGACGAUCCAGAGGAAAGGAAUAGCUGUUCAGGACGAGAAAUGGAAAUGCAUCACUAGUAGCCAAUGGAACUUUAUCUUUGCCUUGCUGGCAGACUUUGCUGAGAGUAACAAGGCAAUGAGUGGGGCUAUAUAAUGGCCAAGAACAAAGAGCCCCGCCCACCGACAUACACUAUCAGUGUAGUUGGGCUCUCAGGCACUGAGAAAGAAAAGGGCAACUGUGGUGUGGGCAAGUCCUGCCUAUGCAACAGAUACGUGCGUCCCAGCGCAGACAGCUACUACUCGGAGCACACUUCUGUGUUGAGCACAAUUGACUUUGGAGGUCGUGUGGUGAACAAUGAUCACUUCCUGUACUGGGGGGAAGUGUUACACAGAGGAGACGAUGGCCUCGAUUGUCGAAUUCAAGUCAUUGAACAGACUGAAUUUAUUGACGACCAGACCUUUUUGCCUCAUCGGAGCACAAAUUUGCAACCCUACUCUAAGCGGGCUGCGACUACAAAGCUACAGUCGGCUGAGAAACUGAUGUAUAUUUGCACAGAUCAGCUUGGCUUGGAGCAGGAUUUUGAUCAGAAGCAGAUGCCUGAUGGAAAGCUAAAUAUCGACGGUUUUGUUCUGUGCAUCGAUGUAAGCAAGGGAUGCAACAGAAAAUUUGAUGACCAGAUGAAAUUUGUUAAUAGCCUUUACUCACAAAUAGCUAAGUCAAAAAAACCCAUUAUAAUCGCCGCGACGAAAUGCGAUUCGUGUGUAGAGCAAUACUUACGGGAUGUCCAGGCUUUUGCUGCAAGCAAAAAGAAUCUUCUGGUGGUUGAGACAUCGGGUCUGUCGUCUGCCAAUGUGGACCUCUGUUUUAAUGCGCUAAUCCAGCAAAUGGACAAAACACGAGGUAAGCCCAAAAUUAUCCCUUACUUGGAGGCUUACAAAGCUCAGAGACAAUUAGUAGCCACAAUCACGGUCAAGUUUGAGAAGCUUAUCGUGCAGUCCGUCAGAGAUUAUCACACAAGCUGGAAAGUUGUGAGCAAUUCAUUGAAGAACCAUCCAGACUACGAGGAAUACAUUAAUUUAGAAGGUACCCGGAAGGCUAGAAACACCUUUUCGAAGCAUAUCGAACAGCUGAGACAAGAGCAUAUCAAGAAGAGAAGAGAUGAUUAUCUCUCGAGUUUGCCAAAAGUUCUUAACAAGAUGCUGAACAACUUGGAAGAGAUUGAGAGCCUGAGCUGGACAGAUGCUCAGAAUCUGUUAAAAAGCAAGAAUGAGUUUCAGUACUACUUUGUUGUGUUGGAGCAAACCCCAUGGGAUGAGACGGACCAUGUUAACAAAACCGAUGACCGAAGAGUCCCCUUUGACAUCCUUAAAACUACAGAAGGCGAGAGGAUUUACCAAAACCACGUCCAGCAUUUGAUAUCUGAAAAGAGGCGAUUGGAAAUGAAGGAAAAAUUCAAGAAGACACUGGAGCGAGUGCACUUCAUAAGUCCUGGCCAACCGUGGGAGGAGAUUAUGUGUUUUGUCAUGGAGGACGAGGCCUACAAGUAUAUCACAGAAGCUGAUCGCAGAGACGUAUAUGCGCUACAUCAGCAGGAAAUUGUAGAAGGGGCCAAAGAGGAGUUUCAGGAAAUGCUUUUUGAGCACGCCGAGCUGUUUUACGACUUGGAUUUGAAUGCCACCCCAAGUUGUGAUAAAAUGAGCGAAAUCCACACGGUACUCAACGAGGAACCCAGAUACAGAGCUCUACAGAAACUUGCCCCAGAUAGGGAGUCCCUUUUACUGAAACACAUCGGAUUUGUUUAUCAUCCCACCAAAGAGACGUGUCUGAGUGGUGUGAGCUGUGUGGAUCUGAAAGUUGAGCAGGUUCUUGCAAAUAGGCUGGUUCAGUUGGACCACGGUCGCACAAAUCUGUACUACAACAGCUCCAAUCUCGAUAAAGUGAACUUGUGUCUUCUUGGCCGUGAAGGACUAGCUCAAGAACUUGCUAAUGAAAUAAAAGCUCAGUCUACAGAUGAUGAAUAUACCCUUGAUGGUAAGAUCUAUGAAUUGGACCUUUUACCUGUUGAUGUAAGUUCCCCCAUGCUUUUGAACCAUUCCUGGAUAUCAAAUUUCAAACCUCAUGGGUUCUUCUGUGUCUUCAGUUCGAUAGAGACACUUAAUUACAUCGGUGAUCGCAUAAGCCGAAUCCGAGCUGAGGUUUCUCAGGGCAGAAGGGACAGAUUUGCCCAGCCAUCGCCAUUUGUUCUAAUCUUAGCAAGUCAGCGAGACAGCAUUUGCAAAAACAUGCCUAUUUUAAGGCAUCAGGGCCAACAGCUUGCUAAUAAGCUACAGUGCACAUUCAUCGACAUGCCCUCUGGGACCUUUCCCCGAAAGUUUAACGAGUCUCAAAUAAAACAAGCGCUCCGAGCAGUCCUAGAAGGCCUAAAGCACAAUUUCGACUUGAUGCAUCCCAUGCCCUCCAUCAAAGAUUUGUCAGAAACAGAUUUGCGAAUAGUUAUGUGUGCCAUGUGCGGAGAUCCAUUCAGCGUGGAUCUUAUUCUCUCACCUUUUCUCGAUUCACAUUCUUGUAGUGCUGGUCAGCCUGGUCAGAGCAACACCCUGUACCUUGAUAAAAUCAUUGGUGACAGUCGCAGGCGCAUACAAGUCACUGUCCUCUCAUACCACUCCUCGAUUGGAAUCAGAAAGGACGAGUUGGUGCACGGAUACAUACUUGUGUACUCGGCGAAACGAAAGGCUUCCAUGGCUAUGUUGCGGGCAUUCUUGGCAGAGGUCCAAGAUGUCAUUCCGGUCCAAAUGGUGGCUAUCACGGACAGCCAGGCCGAUUUCUUUGAGAACGAGGCAAUCAAGGAGCUGAUGACCGAGGGGGAACACAUUGCUACAGAAAUCACAGCCAAAUUUACAGCACUCUACUCAUUGUCUCAGUACCACAGGCAAACGGAAGUCUUCACACCGUUUUUCAACGAGGUACUUGAGAAGAAGAACAGUAUAGAGAGCUCCUUUAUGUUUGAUAGUACACGGGACCAUGGCACCUCUGAAGACGUCUUCCCUCAGUCACCACAUAACCAUUCCCCAGCCUACUCUUAUUACCCUGACUCUGAAGAUGAUGCUGAGGGACCACCACCUUAUAGCCCUAUAGGGGAUGAUGUACAGCUGCUGCCCACCCCUAGUGAAAGAAAGUAUAAAAUAGACUUGGAAGGGAACGAGUAUCCUGUCCAUAGUACACCUGUAGGUGAUCAUGAACGCAACCACAAAGUGCCUCCCCCAGUGAGACCUAAGCCUGUGCUAAACAAACCUAAUGUUAAGAAGCUGGAUCCCAACCUUUUGAAGACCAUUGAGGCUGGAAUGAGGGCCAGCAGGAGAACACGAGGCCCACUUAUGGUCCAUGACGACCUUGAGGUAGCUGACAAUUACGCAGAUCCAGCAGACACCCUCGCCAAAUCGAAAGGUUUCAACGAUGACAUUUAUGCUGUUCCAGAGGAUGCCCAUAGCAGGAUGGUCAAGAUGCGCAACUCAUUUGGCCAUCACGGUUAUUACGGUGAUGAGGAGAACGGGUUCGAUCGUACGUUGAAGUCACAGGGCAGCAGGCGACCGUCCAAAUACAAACACCGGUCAAAGAUCCUUUUCAGCAAGACAAAAGCAUACCAUAGACGAGUGCACUCUGACGUCAGCGACGACGAAUCAGGGCCGGCAGUGCAGAAGAAGAAAAAAGGCAGGGGUAACCGUGGAAGUGAAGAGGACCCUUUACUUUCACCUGUGGAUCCAUGGAAAGGAGGGAUAGACAAUCCAGCCAUCACUUCGGACCCAGAGCAGGAUGACAAGAAGUUGAAGAAAAAGAAAACGACAAAAAACAAGGAACCGAAAAAGGUCAAAGCAAAAGUUCCAAAGCCAUUGUAUCCGCCAACUCGAAGAAAUUGGGAAAGCAACUAUUUUGGUGUUCCUCUGCAGAACUUGGUCACCCCAGACAGGCCUAUUCCUCUGUUUAUUGAGAAGUGUGUGGACUACAUUGAACGUACAGGGCUCACCACAGAAGGCCUGUAUCGUGUGAGCGGGAACAAGACCGAUCAAGACAACAUUCAGAAACAGUUUGACCAAGACCACAGUGUGGAUUUAAUGGCCAUGGACGUCGCUGUGAAUGCUGUAGCCGGGGCACUGAAAGCUUUCUUCGCUGAUCUCCCAGACCCCCUCAUCCCCUACAGCCUCCAUCCAGAGCUCGUAGAAGCAGCUAAAAUAAUGGAUCAUAUUGAAAGACUGCAAGUGCUGAAAGACAUUGUGAGGAAAUUUCCAUCUGUGAAUUAUGAAGUGUUCAAAUAUGUGAUCACUCACCUCAACAGGGUGAGUCAGCAGAGUAAGACGACGCUGAUGACGGCAGACAAUCUGUCCAUUUGCUUCUGGCCGACGCUGAUGAGGCCCGACUUUGAGAACAAGGACACGCUGUCCACCACCAAACUUAACCAGUCGGUCAUCGAGAGCUUCAUCCAGCAGUGCCACUACUUCUUCUACGGAGGCGAAAUAAUCGAGCCUUCUGGCGCCACAGGCACGUCGCCUCCACACGCCGGGCACAUGGGGCACGCCGGGCACGGCAUGGUGGAGUCACUGCUGGCUUUACAGCUCCCUCCACCACUGCAGCCACAGCAGGUUCAACACCCGCUGCCCUCCGAACCCCUCAUUUAACUGAUCAUUUCAAAAUGGGAAAGGGAGAAGAAGAAGAAAAAAAAGAAAAUUAAUUUUUGUAUCAAGAUGAUGAAUUCCCAUUAGAGGUCACAGAUAUGCAUUUUCUUUUUAAAAACAAACAAAAAAACAACAACCCCAAACAAAUGAAUUUACAUCUCUGUGACUGAAAACGACGACAACAAAUGAGAAACAUGAUUUGUUCAUGAAAUGUGGUGAACCGGUCUGGCCAGACAAGCAUGACUGCAAAUAUAAGGAAGAUAUAUUUAUACUACAUUUUUUUUUUUUUUGGGUAAAGACAAUUGAACCAUUCUGUGUACACUACAUGCACAAUCUAUUUUAAUGUCUUCACAUCUCAUUUUUGUCUGCUUUUUUUUGUUUGUUUGUUUUCCCCCCAUCCCCUUUCUCUAAAAAGACUUCUUUUGUAGAAAUCUGUUUCGAAAAGAUAAUGAAAACUAAUGUGGUGAUGGAGUCCUGAGCCCAUUGGACUGUUGGGAUGAGAUUUGCAACACAUAUAAAACACACACAACCGGUGCACAGCAGCUUGGGUCGGACACCAGCAGUAAAAAAAUCACGCUCCUCACAUCCUGACCGCCACCGAAGGGGAAGAACUCCACUGGAACUCUUUGGCACAUCUGAGAAAAGCGGGUGUUAAGACCGCGGCCUGGAUCCUCGCUCCUCCUUCAGUCGUUUUUAGAACUUUUUUUUAUUGGGUUUCCAUGUUUUCUUUUUUCCUUUUCUGUCUCAAAAUCUUGUUUUUGCACACCAACAUGCAUUGAUGUUUUUUUUUUUAACUAAAUUUGCAUGUCAUUUGCCACUUGUAAUAACUGAAAGAUAGAAGAAAAAAAAAGAUGUACAACCUUAACUGUUUUUAUGCAAGAUUUUUUUUUUUAACUCAAUUUUAUUUGAGGGAACAUGGGGUAAAGAAGGGGUAAAAUUAUAUCUCCUCAUCUUAUCAUGCCAUAGGUUAAUUUUUAAUAUCAUAUUUUGUUUUUAAUUGUUUCUCUAGAGAGAAAAAUAUAUAUAUAUGAAUACAAAUAUAUAUAAAUAUAUAUAUAUAUAUUAUAUAUAUAAAAUAGACUAUAUAUAUAUAUAUAUAUAUAUAUAUAUAUAUAUAUAUAUAUAUAUAUAUAUAUAUAUAUAUAUCAGCAAAAUUUGCUGAUAAAUCAUGGGGUACUGGAGCUCUGUAUAAUCUUGUAAAACUUAUAAUCAGAUUUCUUUGUGGUAUGUUGUACUAAAAUUUGGACUUAGAUGAAUUGACUGUACUUAAUAUUCCCGAUCUAAAAAGAAGAUAAUGCUUUUUUUUUGUUUGUUUGUUCGUUUUUUUUUUUGUAGAUGGUACUGAAUUUUGUUCCGCUGUAACAAGAUGCUGCUUAGAAAGUUUAGUCUUCGUGUGGAAACUAGCUCGAUACAGUAGAUUUGAGAGAUUGAUAUGAGGAGAGCUUGUACGUGAAAGGGUGGUCAGAGAAAUAGUCAAAUAGUUUCUCUCAGAAAGACAGAAAAUUUAUAUCUCAGUCAAAUCAACUUAACAGGAAAAGGGCUCAAUAGGUUUGGGGGAAGCGCACUGCUGCUAGGAUCCCAUUUGUGUAGUUAGAAGAAGCAACAUUUGUUCAUAUGACCUGCCUCAUACAAACCUGUUGUACAAACUGAAGAAAGAAAAAAAAUUAACAUCAUUGCUAUGUAUUAUAGUAAAUAAAUGAUUUUGACAAAUCAAGUUGAUCUCAA